AUGAUCUGGAAAAACAUAUUCAUUCUUGGCUUACUGCCAGUCGCAAUUGCGGACCCGGACCCGGACCCAAAGAAACACAAAGGCGGAGGCCACAAGGGUGGAGAUGAACACCAUGAAACAGCUUUGACGACGACUCCAAUAGAGAGCUCAUCUAUUUCUGCUCCUCCACUUCGAAACCACUCAACUUCCGAGCCACAUACGCCGUUCACUGGAACAGCAACCACCACCGGUGCUUUGACUGCAACUUCAAUUGGGACAGGGAUUCCCAGUGAGGGCGUUGCCGCUGGAGCCACAAGCUAUCCAGCUGAUGGAAAGCUUCAUCAUGCAGAGCCUGCUCCCUUUGACCCAGCAGGCGGCGUUGGAACGAAUGGAAGCACGCCCGUUUAUAAUACAAAGAGCGACUUCGAUUUCGAAUCCUUGGCCCUUGCUCUAUACCAAGAAUGGCUUGAAUACGAUCUUUUCCAGGAUGGACUCAGACGGUUCAACGAAUCUGAAUUCCAAGCAGCUGGUCUUUCCUCUGCAGAUCGCGAACUGAUCCAAUUCAUGGCGCAACAAGAGCUAGGCCAUGUUACCAUGCUGAGCAACAUCCUGGGAGAACAUGCCCCGCAGCAGUGCACCUACAUCUACCCGUACACCAACGUGAAAGAAUUCAUUGACUUCUGUCAGAAACUGACACGGUUUGGUGAAGCGGGUGUGUAUGGAUUCCUGGCUCACUUGGAUUCACGCGAGGCGGCCACUCUACUCACGCAGUCCAUCACCACCGAAGCUCGCCAACAGCUGAUAUUCCGUCAGUUUGAGGGUCUGUUUCCGAUGGUGGAAUGGUUUCAGCUUGGUAUACCGCAGUCCUGGGCCUGGACAUUGCUAGCUCCCUUUAUCAGUACCUGUCCUGAGAAUCAGACCAGGUUGAUUUGGCAGAACUUCCCGACGCUUUUGGUUGUUGACCAACCCAAUCCUUGGAACACGGGUAUCACGGCGAACUCUCCUUCGGGGCAGAAUCAGUCUUCUGGCUCUAGCACUGCAACAAGUUCCAGUCAGUCUUCUGAUUCGAGCACCACAACAAGUUCCAGCCAGGCGUCUGACUCCAGUGAGAGCUCAGAGCCGACCCAAACCCCUGCUCCCAGCCAGCUUUCUGGGCUCAACCAGACUGCAGGGUUCAUUUUCAACCAGUCAUCCGGGGCAAAUGACACUGUUGGUCCAGGCGUUAGCAUUCCCAGAACACCCAAAGGCAGCAAUUCUACCAACUCAACAUCCAACUGCGGAGUCACUGUUAGUAAGAUUCGGCCACUGCCACUUACUUUCCCGGGCCGCCGAGUGCUGUUGCAGUGGGAUGCCCCGGGAAGGCAGGUUGGACCCAACAACAGCUACAUCACUACGACUCAAACCGAAGCUGGUAGUGCCAGGUAUGUCAUUUGGGUGUCUCAGCUCAAUGUGACAUACACCACUUUGACCAUCGACAACAGUACCAAUGGCACCGCCAUAACCAACAGCACCGGUGGCCGAGGGCAUACUAUCCAACCUGACUUGGAGACGUAUCAGGGUGAUCCUGCAAUUAAUGGAACCAUCUUCAUUGCUAUCACGGACAGUGAUCCGGCUCUCAGUCCUUUCAAUCUAAGCUUGAUCAACCCGCAUGUGGUUGCGGGUCCGGCGUUGUACCAGGCUGGGGGGACUCGAUUCGUCACGGUCGAUGCGUCCGGAGAAUUGGUCGACACCCACGGGGACAUCGACGAACACCUCUCAAAUACUUCCAAGAGCCCACCAAGCAAGGCAGCCCCAGUACCAAAAGCGACCGGUCAUCAAUCUGAUUCAGAAGUUGUGGUUGAUCAACCACUCCCGCCGUUCCUUGAUACAAUCCUCCUUUCUAUCCCCCUCACCACUCUCCACCUCACUCUGAGCUUCCUAGCAGCGCACCAAUACGCUGAAACCACCGACCUACCCGAACUCUUCAAAAAUUCUCUCCUGACUGCUUUCCCCCUCUUGACAUUGUUUGUCCACCUCGCGCAUGGCCAUAUCAUCCCCUUUGGCAAACCUCGCUCAAAGAAUGAGCCAUCAGAACCUUCGUUGUUCCCAUUAACAGCAGACAAGCGGAAUAUCGCGUUCCUCAGAAAAUUGGUCUUUCCCCCUGCACUGCGAACCUAUGUUUUCCUUCCUGUUGCUGCAGUACUUGGUGCGCAUCUGAUCGCUAUUACCAAUGGCGAGCCAUACUAUGCGGUCAUGAAGAAGGCCCCAGCUGUCGGCACCAUUUGGAUUUGGUGUAUAUUGGAAUUAUCCUUUGGAGCAGCUGCGCUCGGGGCUCUGGGACCUUUGAUCUGGGGUGUUUGGUGGAUGGACUAUGGCAUUUUCUGA